AUGAACCAGCAAGAACUUUCUAUUUUCUUAGUGACAAGCUCUGGAGUUCCAUUCUGGUCUGGUCCCAAACGCUGUCCACACCCUCUAGUCUUUGAUGUCAGCAAUUCCUUGCAUCUGGACUAUGUGAUGGCUGCUGCCAACCUGUUUGCCCGGACUUAUGGGCUGAUGGGCUCUCAGGACCGCGCUGCUGUGGCCAUUCUUCUGCAGUCUGUGCAGAUCCCGGAAUUCACCCCCAAAUCUGGUGUCAAGAUCCAUGUCUCUGACCAGGAAUUCCAAAACACUAGCAGUGCCUCUUUUGAUGAUAGCCGCCUACGGGAGCUCAAGUUGAUGCUGCCCAGCCCAGAGGCUCUCACUGGGUUCAAGAUGUACCCCAUCAACUUUGAGAAGGAUGAUGACAGCAACUUCCAUAUGGAUUUCAUUGUUGCUGCAUCCAACCUGCGGGCAGAGAACUAUAACAUUGCCCCUGCGGACCGGCAUAAGAGUAAACUGAUUGCAGGGAAGAUCAUCCCAGCCAUUGCUACGACUACAGCAGCUAUUGUUGGCCUUGUGUGUCUGGAGAUGUACAAGGUGGUACAGGGACACCAGAAGCUUGAGUCCUAUAAGAACAGCUUCAUCAACUUGGCCCUGCCCUUCUUCAGCUUCUCUGAGCCACUUGCCCCGCUCCGUCAUCAGUACUAUAACCAAGAAUGGACGUUAUGGGAUCGCUUUGAGGUACAGGGACUGCAGCCUAAUGGUGAAGAGAUGACACUCAAGCAGUUCCUCAGCUACUUCAAGACACAGCACAAGUUAGAGAUCACCAUGCUGUCCCAAGGUGUAUGCAUGCUGUACUCCUUUUUCAUGCCAGCCACCAAGCUCAACGAACGCUUGGAUCAGCCGAUGACACAAGUUGUGAGCCGCGUGUCAAAGCAAAAGCUCGGCCACCACGUGCGGGCACUGGUGCUUGAGCUGUGCUGCAAUGAUGAGAGUGGUGAGGACAUCGAAGUCCCCUAUGUACGAUACACUAUCCGCUGACUCCUUUAUACAACUCAGCUCCAGCCCUAGUUAAUGU